AUGCACUCAUUCAUUAGUGCCAGGUCUGCUUUGGCUGUUGCAUUUCUCGCCGUUGUAUUUCCUGUCAUCGCACGUGCGUUCUCGUCUCCGAUAUACCUCAUCCUCCUUUCUCCUGUGAUCAUACUUUUUGUGGCACUCUCGUGUUUUGUCGCGAACAUUCUUGUUGGAGUUGCCUUGGACAAGCAACCAGUUCAUAGGAACGCGCUCACACAUGCAGCUAGACCACUUGCCUUCUCAACUCCCGCAGCAUGGCAGGCGGUCCUCACUCGUUCUAACUGGUCGCAGAAAACUCCACAAUCAUUAUCACCCUUGUACCCUGACCUACCUGUUGUGUCGUCUACCCUCAACGAUAUCAUGAUCUUCGUCGUACGCGACUUCGUGCUCACCUGGUACAAAGACAUAUCACCGUCCCCUUCCUUUCCUACGGCAGUUUCUUCGAUACUUCAUGACUCCCUUGAGCGGCUUCUGCAAACAACCGCAACCGUUGACCUUUCUGCUCUUUUAGUGAAGCGAAUUUUGCCCAAAGUCACUGUGCAUAUUGAGCAAUUUCGCCAAUCGGAGGUCACACUUCGCGGUGCAGCCCUGGAGCGCCGUCUCACGCAAUCCGAGGAGUUGGAUAUGUUGCUGGCAAGUAGAUACGCAGGCAAGGGCAGCAAACUACAUCCUGCAGUGGAGAAUCUGUCCUCUACAUUUACGAAACAGAAUGAAGAAAUACAUCUCAGAACAAUUGCGGAGCGAAUGCUCUCACAUGUUCUUCCGGAACAGGAGGCCCACAGUAAGGUUCUGAGAGUAGUUGUCCGAGAAAUUUUAGUAUGUGCGGUGCUGUAUCCGAUCAUGGAUAUGGUGAGCGAUCCUGAUUUCUGGAAUCGGAUGAUUGAGCAAGUGGCAGGCGCCGCAAUACACCAGCAGAAACUCAUAUCUCAAGUGAGAAAUGUUUUAGAAGCACAAUCACCCCGCCGGCAUAACCGCCUUCCUUCAACAAUUUCAACUGGAGACACCAUCACGGUUAGAACUGAUAUGCGACAGUUCGAGUCGUUCCUCCGCAGUAUCAAUCGUUGUUCGUCACUUCUGGAUGCUCGCCGCCUGAAGAAUGAUAUCAUGGGAGAAAUUCGGAGAACGAGGUUACUUCUUGCUAAUCACGAGAAGGAGGAUUGGAUAAGUGGCGAGAAGACAGAAGACGUAGUAGCUUUCCUUGACAGGCUUUAUACUGCCAAAAGGACUGUCGAACAACGAAUAGUAAUCUUGGGUGGCGAGGAUUCGAAGUCAGCUGCCUCGCCUGAGUCUGGUUUGCGGACCCAAGUCGCUCUACGUGACAUCUUGAGCAACCCAACAUCACUCUCCUAUUUCAUGGAGUUUAUGGAUCGUCGGCACCGCUCGCUCCUGGUUCAGUUUUGGCUAACAGUAGAAAGCUUCAAGAACCCAUUGGAGUCAAUAGACUCAAGCUCAUCUGGGGAUGAAGACGAACCCUUACAAGGUCCUUCAAGCUCUUCAACGCUCAAAGAGGACAUUUCAAUGAUUAAGGAUCUUUACUUCUCCGUCACACCACCUCAUCCUGCCUUAUCAUCCAUCUCUAAGAAGCACAUCGAAAUCAUGCGCUCUUACGCGCAAAGUGAGAUCCCUCCGGGUUCUUUGGAGGACAAGAAAGUCCGUCGUAGCGUCAUGUUGGCUCAGAGACAGGUUCAACAGGCGAUGGAACAAGACUUCGAGGACCUUCAGAGAUCCGAACUGUGGUUCCGAAUAGUCGAGGAUUUCAAUCGGGCCAGUGCUAAAUUACUGGAGCCCCCCGCAGGUCGUAUCCCGGUGCGUUCGAUGUCACCCCCGCCACUGUCAGCAUCACGUCCUCUUGGCAUUGGAUCUGUCCACAUUUUCCGCUCUGAAUCUUCCCCUUCCUUGAGCUCUGUGGUUCAGCGCAUAGAAAACCCACGGACGAGUCCACCCACUGCCUCACGGACCAACAUUGAUGUGCUCAUGUCCCCGGUUUCAGAUACAUCAUCAAAUACGUCCAGAGCUCCUCUCUUCGAUGAUCCGGAAGAUGCCCAAAGCGCAGAUGAAGCAGAAAGAAUGAGAGCCAUCCAGGCCGCGCUGACGGACAUCAUUGCCACUGAGCAACUUCCUCACAGUUUCCUCCCUCGAAGCCAGGACAGAGGCAGGAAUCCCCACCUCAGCGCGACUUCACUCGACAACAAAAAGGACAUUUUCGGUGAUGAAGAAGAUAUGAUCGACGAAGAUGACGACAGAGCUGAAGGUUCUGUGGAUACGGAACAAGGAACAUUUCAGCUAGCCGGCCCUGGAGACCUUCAGCUUUCGUACGAAAUUGCACGCCUUGGUGACAAGAUCAUCAAAUUGGAGGCCCACGAUGCCAUGCUUGACACACUUAUUAAGAAAGCAGAGCUAACGGGCGACGCUCAGGAACUGCGUUUGCUUCAAAAAUCAAAGUCGUCUAUGACCCGCGAACUCCGAGAGUUGCGUUUCCAGAAGACCCAGUAUGAACAGCAAGAAUCCGCAAACCGUCUUAUCUCCCAUCGAACGAAGGUUUCUAUCGUUAGUUCGACGGUGGGAGAAGAAGAGGGGAAGUCCGUAGUGCGAUACCUCGUUGAGGUCCAGCAGCUUGCACCCGACGGAACAUUUGCCUCUGGGUGGGUUGUUGCAAGGAGAUACAACGAGUUCCUUAGGAUGCAUAACAAACUGCGUGAUCGGUACGCGCUUGUCAAGGGUCUCGAUUUCCCAGGCAAGAGGCUUGUUGCUUCGCUGUCUGGCAGUUUCGUAGACACAAGAAGACAUGCCCUUGAGAAAUAUUUGCAGAAUCUGAUUGCUAUACCUGUCGUCUGCGAAAGCAAUGACCUUCGCGCAUUUCUAUCCCGCGAUUCACCAUUCAUUGCGUCCGAAGUCCAAGAGGAUGUCCCCAAAGGAACCGCUGGCUUUUCAGGGAAAAACCUAGUUCGAUCUGUUUAUCGCUCAGUGGCAGAGAGCAUUGACGAUAUGUUCUUUGGCCCGUCAAUGUUGGAUGUUAUGAUUCAAAGGCUUACCCGACAAGCCGCAGAAUUUGCUGGCAUAGUCGGAUCGGCGGUUCACGAUGAGGACCUCGUCGCUCAGGCACUGAAAGCUGACCUCCGUCCUUUGGAAGGAGAAACUAGCACAUCGACGUUCUCUGCUCCUAUAUGCGACCUUGUGCUUGCCAUCUUUGAACUCAACAAGAAGGACAACUGGCUCCGGCGGCAAGCAAUUGUGAUCAUCCUCCAGCAAGUACUGGGUGGCACCAUCGAACGGCAAAUCCGCCAAAGCAUCAAGUCGUUGUUUGAAGAAAGUCGCAUUAUGCCUAUUUUGGCCUUUUUCAAAGAUUCUCUUUGGCCAGGUGGUAAACUGAAACCGCCUGGUCAACCACGGUCAACCGAGGAAAUAACACGUAGUCGCGACGAAGCAAACCGCAAGCUCUCCGCUUUAGUGCCAGAUCUUGCUGCAAACAUGAUAGGUCGGUCAAACGCUCGGCGAGGAGCAAGACGGAUAUUUGCUGUCCUGCAGAACAAGCGCUUGAACCAGCACAUUGCCUACACCAUCGUCGACGAGAUUGUCGCCGCAAUAUUUCCUGAGCCCUGA